UCGUCGUCGUCGUCGUACUGGUGCACGCACCGUCGCUGUCGUUUUGCACAGCAUUUCCCGGCAUGCCCUGCCAGGGCGCACGUGCUCCCCGGAACUUUCGCGAAUGGCUGUCAUUGGAAACGAAGAAGACGUGCUGUGGAGCACGCGAGUACUAGUUCACCACAGCGCGAGCUUAGAAGCAAAUUGUUCUGUUGUACGACCAGUACGACUCAAGAGUAACGGGCAGAACGCAAAGGAACCAUGAGCAGCCCGACGCCCGAACCUCGAACAUGGACGCCAACACCGGAGAGGACAUCAUCUCCUUCGACAGACAACCGGCCGACCAACACCCACAUCAACCCUUUCGUGUGGCUCAUCAUCAUUGUGGUCUUGGUCGUUGUCAGCGCUGGCUUUGCACUCAUCACCAUGCGAAAGGCAGAGUACGCCGCAAAAUCGGCCCAGGACCCCGUUUGCCGAAGCCGCGACUGCCUGGAGCACGCUUCCCACCUUAAGGUCUCCAUCAACACCGACGUCAAUCCUUGCAAGAACCUCUACAGCUAUACCUGCGCUUUCUGGUACAAAGACUACAGCUACAAAGACCCCAAAGACAUUGAGACCAUGCUCUCCGACAACAUCCUGCACACCCUUACCUCUGGAAAAUUGGACUUGCAGAGCAAAGCUGUAGCCAGGGCCUUCGCAGUGUUCCAAUCGUGCAUUCAUAGGAAGGACGACCUGGACGCUUUCAAGCGAUUCACAACAGACAUGAGAAUUCCGUGGCCCGAAGAACCAUUUCGAGAGGCCAAUGCUCUCGACGUUAAUUUGCAGCUUCUCAUCCGCUGGAGGAUCUCUUUCCUGUUCAGUAUCAAAGUGGUCCCAUCAACAAAUAAUAAAGAGCCCGUUCUAGUCAUAUGGAAAGCCAUGGAGGUGCAAUCAUGGAAGCAACUCCGCAAUGGUGAGGCCCAAACCAUAUCACAGUACGCUGCAAGGGUGCGGCAGUUCGCCCAUGCCUUGGGACACAACGAGACCCUCAGUGACAGCUACGUCCACCAGCUGCGAAUGGAUGAACUGAACGUCAUGAAGCUUGUGGAAAGCGGAAGGAAGUCUCCGUAUUCAGAGCAUUUCUUCGGUCUUCGUCAACUCCAGAAUUACACAAAAAACAUCACUACCGAUGAAUGGGUCUCUUUCAUCAACAAGAACUUGGAACCUCAAUUUCAUCUUACCACCCACUCUAUGGUAUUAGUCCACAGCCUUCCAGUGCUACACAUGCUCGGCAGGAUAGUUGAGAUCGUACCCAACGAGCGGCUGCUCGUGCUACUCGGUUGGAUAUUUGUACAAGAGUGUGCCUGGAUGGCGUCAACUAAGUUUGACAUAGCCACGUGGGGAAGCAAGCGGCAGGCUGAACAACACGCGCCUGCUUUCUGUCUGCGACAGAUCGAGGACGCAUUCGGAAUUCUGCCUUGGGCGCCAUUCAUAUACAAGAACUUUCCAAAAAGGGAGCGCGAUAAGGUGAACGCUGUCCUGGAUAAUAUUGUUAGUACCAUUCAAGAGAACCUCGAACGAUCUACCCUCAUCAGCAAUGCCACGAAGGAGACAGCUAGCGCUAAACUGCGAAAAAUGAAGCGUGUUCUUUGGCCGACUGAAACCUUCUUCAGCGAACAAGAGCUCGACGUCAUGUACUUGAGUUUUGAUCCAGCGAAUGGGACUUUCUUCCAACGCUGGGUUCGAUCUAUGACAGACGUAGGCAAGCUUCGUAGUCACAAGGAUUUUCUGAACUUGUACAGUAAGACCAUGAACGACAAGGUGUUCGGCCCCAUAGUUUACCUGUAUUAUUUUAAUAUUCUUAAGCUGUCUAUGGCUGCAGUUAUAUCCCCGGUUUACUAUCGCCAUGGCAACAUGGCAAUGAGCUACGGUUCCUUGGGGACAUUGUAUGCAGUGUUCUUGAGCAAAUUUAUUGAUUCGCUCGGCCGUCAGAUCGAUGACAAAGGCCAGAAGCGAGACUGGUGGGAGUCACAGGUGUCCCACAAGUGCAAGUCUUACGGUGAUAGGCGAAUGACCAAUCUGUUUGGAUUCGAUGCCUCGUACGAUGCAUUCAAGACGGCCCUCUUUGGGCAAAAGAACAAGGCAUUGAACUCUAGACUGGAUACCUUAAGCAUGUAUACCGGGGAGCAGAUAUUUUUUCUAUCCGCUUGCAGGCCCCUUUGUUCGCGAGGAGAGUUCGGUAAAGAGGUCUGCAAUGCGGCUUUGGAUUCGACUGCUUUUUUGAGAUCAUUUAACUGCUCUGAAGAGCCCAGCUGGUACGCGAGGAACUGUCGUAUGUUAUAAAAGAUGUCGGCACUUGU